UACUACUCUAUCUUGGGUGUUGCAAAGAACGCAACUCAGCAAGAAGUCAAGAAAGCUUAUCUACAAGCCGCGCAGAAGUUUCAUCCAGACGUUGCUCCUGAGGACCAACGCAAGACAGCGGAGGUUAGGUUCAAGGAAGUGAAUGCUGCGUAUGAGGUA